UUCAAAUAAGUUAAGAGAAACUUUCUGAGUAUAUACCAAUUGGGAUAUUUAAUUGUUUUUCUCAUAUGGAAUACUAAAUUGGUUUUGACAAUUUUUGAGAUAUUAAAGUUCUACCAGUUGUACCAGUAAUUCUCGUCUAAUUUAUAAUAAAAAUUAUAUCAAUUAUUUAUAUAUCUAGAUUUAGGUUUGUAGCAAUAUUUUCACAUCAUAGCUUUGUAAAAAGUAUGUUUGAUGUUUGUUUAUCAUAAUAAUAUGGCUAAUAUAGUUAAUAAAUCUUAAGUAUAAAAUAUAUAAUGUAAAAUUAAAUUAAGAGUGUUAUAUAAUAAUUUAACAAAAAAUUGAAAAUUCUUGAAUAAAAUAUAUGAAAUUUUGUCAUUAUUUACCAAUUAGAAUAUAUUGCAUGUUUAUUUCAUGUUUAGUUGUAUGAACUAUACUAGUUGUACCAGCCGAAUAUGGAUGAGAUAAAAAAACUGUGUGGCUGUAAGCGGUUGAAAUUAAAGAAAGAAAAUGAGAGAGAAAGAGAGAUGUGUGAAAUCGUGUGGUUAAGAUUAAAUAUAAGAUGAGAUGAUCCAAUGGUUCAUAUUACCCAUUUAUUUAGGAUAAUAUUGUAAUUUGCAAUCACUUGGUCCAUGUAGAAUAAGUUUGGAUGUAGAAGAUUUUUUUUUUUUUUUUUGCCAUUUGGUCCAUCUCAGAGUUUUGUCCGAAAUCAUACGUAUAAUAGAUUGCAUAAUCUUAUCUAAUUACGCCAUUUUUAGAAGAAAAUCUUGGAGAGAAAAUUGUGCGUGUAACGUUUAACCAUCAGCCAAUCAUAUUGCAACUUUUGUGAAAAUUAUCUCGAGCAGAUUAAUUCCUUCGUUGCCCUCUCGGUGAAAACUGCAUAAAGGGUUGAAUAAAGUCUCACACUCGCAACAACAUCUCGAGAGGUUUCUUCUCUCUCUCUUCUGCUGAUCGUUUUUGGUUCAGAGUGACCAGGGAAGAUGCAAGGAGGUGGUGGAGAUCCUUUCAACUUUAAUUGUCCUUCUGGUGGCUUUGGAGGCUCUUCUGGUGGCCCGAACAAUGGUCCCCCGAGUCUGAUGUCUAGUUCUGGAGGAGACUCUUUUGAUGGUUUUGGUGCCCCUAACAAUGAACCUCCGAGUCAGAUGUCCAAUGUUUUAGGAGGAGACUCUGCUGAUAGUUUUGGUGGAUCUAACAACGGUCCACCGAGUCAGAUGUCUAAUGUUUUAGGAGGAGUCUCUGUUGAUGGUUUUGGUGGCUCUUUUGGUGGAUCUAAUGGUGAUCCUCCGAGUCUGAUGUCUAGUUUUUUCGGAGGAAGAGAUCCGUUUGAUGACCCUUUCUUCACCGAGCCUUUUGGUGGUAGCAUGUUUCAGCCCAGCUUGUUUGGUCCUCCUACCAUGGACCCUUUUGCUGGAGUGCUUCCUCCUCCAUUAGGGUUUAUCGAGAAUCAUCAUCACCAGACACCACAACCGAGACUACCAGGUGGACCAGUUAUUGAAGAGAUCAAUGUUUUAGAUGCUGAGGAAGAAGGAGAAGCAUAUCAAGAGAAGAGCGUAAUCCUAGGGAAACGUGGCAGGUCAAGCAGUGAGGUGGAAACUGAAGAGGCUAUAGCUGAAGAGAGAAGGAUCACACACAUGCAAAACAUGAAUGCAAAUGCUAUGGUGGACAAUGGACAAUGGCAACAACAAACUCAAGAGAGAAGGAUCAGACACAGGGAAAACAUGAAUGAAUAUGCUAUGGUGGACAAUGAACAAUGGCGGCCACAAACUCAAGAGAGAAGGAUUGCACACAUGCAAAACAUGAAUGCAAAUGCUAUGGAGAACAAUGGACAAUGGCAGCCACUAACUCAAGAGAGAAGGUUCACGCACAGGCAAAACAUGAAUGCAAAUGCUAUGGUGACCUAUGAACAAUGGCAACCACAAACUCAAGUCAGACACAUGCAAAACAUGAAUACAAAUGCUAUGGUGAACAGUGGACAAUGGCAGCCACAGACUCAAGGUUAUAGUUUCCAGAGCUCGACUGUUACUUACGGUGGUAAUGACGGAAACUACUACACUUCGUCCACGACCAGAAGGACAGGAAGUGAUGGGUUAACUCUGGAAGAAAGCAAAGAAGCUAAUACUGCAACUCGCGAAGCAGCGCACAGGAUUUCAAGAGGCUUCCAUAACAAGGGCCACACGGUUGAGCGUACGCGCAACUCGGAUGGUCGGGUUGGUACAAACCAGAUUUUGCACAAUCUGAACGAAGAUGAAUUGGCUGGUUUUGAACAGUCUUGGAGUAGCAAUGCUGGAAUGCAAAUGCAAUUCCCCAGUCUGUCUGGUUCCUUUGGCAGUGGCUUUGUUAACAGAGAGCAACCAAUGUUGCCUCCUCCGACUGAUCCAAGCUCUUCUCGUGCAAGAAGAGGGCCUUACUGUCACAGAAGAAGGAAUGCAACGGAUUUAAGCAGGCUGGGUUUCUAAAGGCUCCAAGUGAAUGUAACCAAAAGACUAUUAUAUACUUUACUUUGGUUGCAUGGUUACUGUAACCUCUGUAUGAUGACAUGAUUUGAGUGGUUUAUGAUUUAUGGUUUAUGGUUUAUGCAUGUUUGGCUACAUCAACUUGUUCUUAACUGCUUGUGCUCAAGUGAUUUAGAUCAAGCCUCAAGGGUUUUCUUCAAUCA